AUGGCUGUGCUCUACCAACUUGCUGGGCUCUUCUUCUUACUGCUCGUCGCAUAUGAGCUAUUCGCCAUCGCAUCGGUUUUGUUUGCGAUUUUUAAAGGCAAAUUCUGCCAACAAAAAAGCCCGAUCUACAUCAUCGCCGCCUCCAACCUCCUCGCCGACUUUGGCAUGCUCACACUGCAUUUAGUAUAUUUUGUGCCGAGCUUAUUAUUCGAGUCAUACAUAUUCCCAAAAGGCAUCAACGACAAUCUUACCAUAUUUAUCUCCUCACUCUUCAUGUUUUUCUGGUAUCAACUGUCGUUUAGCCAGAUUUUGAUGGCCGUGAAUAGAUUGGUUGUGAUGUGUUUUAGCAACGUGAAUGUAUUCACAAGAAGAAAUACCUUGAUAUUUGCCAUCUCGACGUACAGUAUCGCCGCCGUCUUAGCCAUACUUUCUCAAUAUGUUUUACCAUGUUGCAGAUUCUCCUUCGAUUACUUCGUUUUUUCGUAUCGUUACAUUACGAUAGACGGGCUGAUGAAUUAUCCGAACACCUUUAUCGAUAUGCCGUUGAACGCAUUGAGCACGACAGUUUGUGGCUGUUGCUAUUUUGCGAUUGUUCUCUGGAUCUUCUCGAUCAACGCCAAAAAGGGCCAAGGUGCCGCUCACUCACACGAGACAAAACUUGAAAUUAAGUAUGCCAAACAAUUCUUCAUCAUCACCAUUUUCUACAUGAACGCGUGGACCAGUUUUCGGUAUCUACCCGUGCUAAUUGGCGGAUCGAAUCUCUAUCUGUACUCUUUUUGCUCGCUAAAUGCCAUGUUGAGCUUUGGCGCCAACGGGCUUGUCUACUACCACACAAAUUCUGAGAUUAAAAAAGCGCUGAAUAAACGCGUCUCGACCACCGCAGAUUCGAGUAGCGGCAAGGGCGAGUCUCAGAAGCGGAAUUCGAACGUGACCCGGGAUUCAGAUCUUCCUAGGGCUAAUCAAACUAACGUUCGCAUUGUUCAAAAUAUACAGGUAUCCGACCCCGAAUCCCAUAAAAUCGUCAAAUAUCAAAAACUAUUCUGCCCACGUGAUGGACCUUGUAACUUGGUCCGCCCGUUUGUUAACUUUAUAAGUCGACAAAUGGAUAAAAAGUGGAUAAAUUAUGUUUUGGUUCGAGACCCGCUAGAGCGCUUCAUUUCCGGAUUUGUGCACAAAUGCUUGAGGAGUUCCGCGCGAGGCCAAAAUUGCUAUCAAUGUGAUGACAAUAUCACCUGCCUAAUGGAAAAUCAGUACAAAAGCCUCAAAAAGAUCUCCGACACCGGCAUCGUGCCCUACCUACAUACGGUGGAGGACUCCCACUUUGCGCCGCAAAAUUGGAAUUGCGAGCUCCAAGCUCACUACAACGAUUACAAGAUCUUCAAAUAUUCACAUGAAAAUAUUGGAGCAAUCUUGGAGUCGGUUUUCGAAGAUUUUGCGAAUGCCAGCGUGCCAGUAGAUGUGAUAAAUGAUAUAAGGCAGCAGAUUACUGGAAAGAAGUCCUACCAUGCUACCUACGAUUCUGAUGACGUCGUAAAGUACCGGAAAAUGGUCCAAGAAACUCCGUACCUGCGUGAAUUGCUGGUGAAAAUGUUUUAUCACGAUUAUGUGCUUUUUGAUUAUCCCCUGCCGGAAUUG